UCUCCUUGGACACCCAGUUCCCCAAAGGGCGUGGGAGCAGAGUUCAUUGUCCUGAUCUAGGCUCAGCGGUGGAAAGUCUCUGGGCUCAGAAGUGGGCGUGGGGGGAGGAGGACGGUGUAGCCUUGGGGACCCACCCGCCCCCCAAAUUCAGUGGGAGCCGCGUUCACCAGCCCGAUGAAACUGAAAGAGGAGAACUAGCUACUAGGGUGUUGCCGAGCCGCUCAGUCCGACUUGUGCACAGGAGGUAGGUGGAGUCAGGGAGGGAGUAGCAGCUCCAUCCAUGCAGCUCCCCCACCCCAAGGAAUCACCCCCUACAGAGGCGAUCAGGGGAAGGGGUGGGGGCUCCUUCCACUCGCCUCGGGAGGGUCCUGCAGCCUAUGCGGACAGCGCUGGGCAUUGGCCGUGGGGGCGGCCAAAUAAGCCCACGGGGGAGCCCAAGUUGUGCAUUGCAGCUUUAAAGGGGCUGGUGAUUGACAGGGCAUGUAGCAGUGGAUGGGGUGGAGCUGCUGGGUGGGGUCAGGGACAGGCAGCUGGUGAAAACGAAAAGAGAGAGAGGGGGGAAAAAACAACAUUGCCCCCCCCACCCCCGCCAUCAGCAAACACAAGGCGAGGAAGAGGAGAGGGGAAAGAGGAGGAAGGCUGAGUGGGAGCAGAGCCUUUCCAAGAAGCCCAGAGCCUCCCCCACCCACCUACUCCACCCUCCCCUCCCUUCAGCACAGCUAAGCACCCAGAGCUCGCCCCGUGCCUGCCCGAGCCCACGGGGAGGCAGAGGGAGGACCCCCCCCGAGCAAGCCCAGGGGGAGCAGGAGGAGAUGCACUCCGAGGAGCAGAAAGAGAAAGUUGCAGGCUCAGUCCAGAGUAAGGUGCUGCCCAAGAUGAGCUCCUCAUCGCUGCUGGAGGACAGCUCCAUAGAUCCCCCGGUGCUGCUGACCGACAUCAAGACAGAGCCCCCUGAAGAGCUGCUGGCCAGCGACUGCAACCAGCCCCAGGCCGAGCCAGUGGACCUGUCACUCAACAAGCCCAAGGUGUCGCUGCAGUCCUCCACCCUGCUGCCCUCCUCCAUCAGGUCCUCGCCCAUGCUGGUGGCACCGCCCAUCCAGGCCCCCGUGGUCUCCAUGUCACCCACGGGGCUGGGCUCUUCUUCUGCCAUCCCCGCUGUGCUGUCUCCUGGCUCCAUCCUGGCCUCCACGCAGGGCAGCGGGGGCCAGCAGAUCCUGCACGUCAUCCACACAAUCCCCUCGGUCAACCUGCCCAGCAAGAUGGGCAACUUGCAGACCAUCCCAGUGGUGGUGCAGUCCCUACCCGUGGUCUACACCACAAUGCCCACAGACGGGGUCACCGCUGCCAUCACCGUGCCCCUCAUCGGCGGCGAUGGCAAGAACGCCGGAUCCGUGAAAAUUGACCCCAGCUCCAUGUACCCCCUGGAGAUGAACAGCGACAGCGAGGACAGCGUCACAGAGAGCAGCUCAGCCCCCUUCCAGGACCUGCAGAGAGAGUCGCGGUCGCCUGUGGCCCGGAUGCAGCGGGCUGAGUCCCCCGACUUGAAGAAGAGGCGGAUUCACCAGUGUGACUUCGAGGGCUGCAACAAGGUGUACACGAAAAGCUCCCACCUCAAAGCACACAGGAGGAUACAUACAGGAGAGAAGCCGUACAAAUGCACCUGGGAAGGCUGCACCUGGAAGUUUGCCCGUUCCGACGAGCUCACCCGGCAUUUCCGCAAGCACACGGGUAUCAAGCCCUUUCGCUGCUCGGACUGUGACCGCAGCUUCUCGCGCUCGGACCACCUGGCCCUGCACCGCCGGCGGCACAUCAUGAUGUGAGGGGGGGAGGAGGGCCUCCAGCUCCUCCACCGCCCCUGGCCGCCCACCCCCGCCUCACCGGCCACGGUAAAGAGACUGCGAGACGGGAGGCACCGUCCCCAGCUUGAUUCAGCCUGGCAGCAGGCUGGAUGCCAGCUUGGCACCUGUGGCUGCCCACACCUGAGAAAGCAGACCUUCUACCAUGCACACGAGGGCUAGAAAGAGGCUCUGGAGAGAUGCCCUGCUCCCUCUCUUCUGUUCACCUCCCCUUCCUUCAGUGGCUGGAAAGCUCCAGGAUUCCUUGAAAUGACACCCAGCUCCUCAUCUGGCUUCGAUUUUUUUGCACAUUGCCUCCCCCUCCUGGGUCAGGAAACACAGAGGAUGUCUGGCACGUGUGUGCACAGCCCCAGCUUGUCCCAGCGCGACCCUGGCCUUGGCGAGCGAAUCAGACUGGCCGGACGGCAUCGCUGCUGGCAGAAGGCUGCUGCUGGGGGUUGGAUUGGGGGUUUGGCUCAUGGCUAGGGGCUGGCUGUCUCCUACCAAUGGGCUGAUGCAAUAGGACUCUGUUCUGGUGAAGCUGGCACUGCCGCCUCUCCUGUUCCACGACACGUCAUACGUGGCUUGUCCUAGCUGGUCCAUUGGACUCCCUGAGCUCCCGAGGCACUGCUGGCAUUGGAGAGCCCACCUGGCCUUGGCUUGAUCUCUCUCUUUUAUGAACACGUGGGUAACUGGCCGUUAACGAAGAGGCCUCAUUAUGUGAGGACAAGGGGUUUGUGGUGUUACCUGAGGAGGGAGGGCCCGAGGAACAAAGAAAAGGGAAAACUUUGCGGAACAUGGAACUGUGAUGAUUUUAUCUGAUUUUAGGGGUGGGUGGGUGGGGGACCCUGAAUUCUGCCCAUGCUGCAGGGCCAAGGAAUAGGACAGUAGAUGCAUUUCUAACUUAAACCUAGCAGCCUGGACACGGACUAUUGCAUUUUUCUAUUGCUCAUCUGGCCUGCAGAGGCUGAGCCGGCGCUGCGCUCUGGGUGGACUCGGGGCUCUGUACUGGAUUGUUUUGGACUUGAUCUUGGGGGGCUGACGGGGUGGCCACAGGGCUGGAAAUACGUCCGUGCACAGUUUUUUAAGAAUUGCUUUUCCCCUUCCCUUCUGCAGGGGCGGAGCUAAGAACCUGAUGUUUUUCCAGAUGCUCCUUUUUGUGUCUCCAUCUUUCUUUCUGAUGGAUUUGAGUUUGGCAAAUGCAGGGAUGGAGUGCACCUGCCAGACAGCAUCUGUGCUGCCCUCGGGAGAGGGGGCGAGUGCAGUGGCUGGAAUUGGUGAGGGGAGGGAGCCGGGAAGAUCAUCAAGAUGAGGCAAACUGGAUCCUCAUUCUGCCACCAGCCUGGGCUAGGGAUGUGGUGUUCCAGCUAAAGCCAAGAAUCUGCCAGCAAUCCUGGUAUUGACACGAUGUAUAUACUGAAGGGGAGAGACUGGGGAGUCCCGUUAAAUGUUUGGUGCUGCCACUGGCUCUGCUUAUCACAUUAUUUCCCCUUUGCUUCCCAAUCCAGCUCAGCACUGAGUUCAUGUAGGCCCCCCCAACUGCAUUUCACUGGGCAGAUUCUCUUUCUUCCUCGCAUCCCUUUCAUUUAAGAAGGCUCUUGAUCCAUAGGUGCCAAUUCUGUGGGUGCCCCUGGGCUCAAGCACUCACUGAAAAAAAUAGGGGGUGCCCAGCAGCUGCAGGUCCUGAGGAAUCUUUUGUGGGCCCUGGCACCUGGACCGUGGCCCCCGCCUGUGCUCCACCCCCUGCUCCACCCCUGCUCCGCCCUGAGGCCCCGCCCUCGCUUGGCCUCUCCCCCCCUCUGCUCCCCCCCCCCGAAGCCCUGCCUGCUACUCGCAUGGGAGGGAGGGGGCGGAGAGGAGCACCCAUCUGCAAAAACAAAAGUGAGUGCCUGUGUUUUGAUCAACUCGCCACCCACUGCAGCUCCUUCACACCUCUGUGGAACCUGGAGCCAGUCCAUAGCAGGGGAGGAAGAGGCAUGUGGCCGCUAUCUAUGCCUGUGGGUUGUGCAGCGAGAUCCCAAGCCCUGCCUCUGAUGCAGGCCAGCCCCCCUAUGAAAUUAUCUCCCUAGGCAUUGCCCCUUCCUCCAAGGGCGUGAACAAGUCCUCCUGCAUGAGGGCAAAUCCCACAGGGCCUGCUGCCCUUUCCAGAGCUCGAAACUGCAGGAUGUGGUUCCAGAUGGGCUGGUAUUUGAAAUUCCAUUUGGGUCACUUUGCAGCUGGCAGCUCCAUGGGGAAGUAAAUUCAUUUCAUCUGAACUUCAAUCCUCAGCCUACCAGGAACACAGAUCUGCCUGGACUUUUCCCAUCCCCCACACUCCUGUUACCUGGGUGGCCUCAUUGUUGCCAACUCUGGCUGUUUUGGGUGUUUUUCUUAAAGCUGCAGAUCCUGGACUCAGGUGACAAUCUCAGCUUUCAUUGAAAAGCAAAGUUUUUCCGACCUUCCUGGUUGUGGAGCAAACUUUGAACAUGUGACCUCUAAAGGCUCCGAGAGAGAAAAAAGCCCCCCCCCCCCAACUGUUUUAUAAAAAUCUCAUGAUUUUUAAAUCAAUCUCAUGAAUUUUUAUGGGGAAGGGGAUUUGACUCAUGAUUUUUGAACGCUCAGGGUUGGCAAUACUGAGAUGAGAUCUGGGAAGCUGACAGGCUGUGUAUUUUGAUUUUAAUUUCUUCAAUCUGCUGUUUCCCGAGUGUCAGUGCAAAACACACACAUUCACACACACAACAGAGCACAACAAGAAAGCGAGGAGGGCAAGAGACGUCAAACGGAACAUUAGCUCCCUUCUGUCUGAGCAGGGCAGGCUUUGCUUUGGGAUUUUUACCAUGAAAUUUUAAAAUCUUGAGCUGUGAGAUAUUUGUACAAAACUGUUUGACGUUUUUCUACAUGGGAAUAAUAUGGAAAGUAGAUGCAUUUUAUUGGUGUGUGUCUUGCUUUUAAAAUGAGGUUUUUUUAUCUUUUGGUUGGUGGGAGGCAAAAGGCUGUAGUUUCAAUCCUACAUAAAAACAAAUCCCCCUUUCCUGGUUCUCGGCAUGAUCUCUAUAAAGGGAAGAAGUUGUCAACUACAGUUUGGGGUUCCAAAAUUUAGAUUUCAGCCACCCCCCCCACACACACACACUCCAAAUAAAUAAAUAAAAAAGGCUUUUACAAAACUUAAGAGCAGUAGACCUAUUUCUAUGGAGUUUUAACAAUAUAAUUCUAAAGAAAAUAGCAUUUACAUUUAGAAUUUGGAAGUAGACAUUUGAAAAUUUCUUUAAACAAAUAAGACCCUCCCUUGAAGUGUUUGCAGCCCAAACAUUGCAGGGAUGGGAACCCAGAAGUGAAAGGACUGCAAGCAGAAGUGAAACUGACCUCUUGGGUUGGCAAUGUUGAGACAGGGAGAACUGUAGACUGCCUACAGACUCAACCAAUAUGGGAAAGAAUGGGAUGCUUCAAAUUGUCUUCGGAUAUCAUGAUCCGAGAUGGUGUUAGUAGCCAAGACUAUAUUAUUAAUAGAGCUGGUUUUGUGAAAAAGUUUCGAAAUUGUUUUCUUUUUGCAAGGCUCAAAAUGAACCCAUUUAUUUUCACUAUUCCUCUCCCCCGCCCCUUAAUUUGUCUUUUUUCAACAAACUCAUUUUUUCCCCAUUCCUAUUGAAAAUGGCAGGGGGUGAGGAAAAAAAGGGGGACAGAAGAAAAGAAGGAGAAAAGUAAAAGUAGAAAAACAAUACAUUUCAAAUAAAACAUUCAUGAAAAGUUUCCAGAACAAUCUUUGCACAUGCACAAAUUUUUGGGAUGCAAAAAAAUUGUGACCAGCUCGAAUACACGAACAUUGAAAGAUAGUGUUAUUGAUGCCUGAGUCAGUUCUGAGCCUUGCUCAGUUGCUCUAUUCCACCCUCCUCUCCUUAAACUACUAACCAGCUGCCUGGUGGAUUCAGUAGCUAGGAGAGAAUGCAAGGACAAACUGCUGGAGGCUUCACUGCCUCGUCUACACUAUGAAAAAUAAAAUAACCAGAACUCUGAUUUUCAAAGUAGUCCCCAAGCCCACCCCCGCUCCCAUGGAUUUCAGUUGAGUUGUGGGUGUUCAGAAUCUCAGACAAUUGGGCCCUACGGGCUAGUGCCCAGAUCCUCCAAAGUCUUUAGGUGCUUUACUCUUAUUGAAAUCAAUGGGGAUUAGGUCCCUAAAUACCUUGGCAGUCUGGGCCCAGAUCCUCAGCUGGUGUCAAUGGUCGUAGUUCCAUGGAAGUCAAUAGACCACUGACAGUUUUACGCCGGCAAAGGAUUUGGCCCUUUGGGUAUGUCUACACUGUGAUAAAAACCUGCGGCACCGAGUCUCAGAGCCCACCCCCCUCAUGGGGUCUCAGAGCCCAGGCUCCAGCCCUAAUGUCUACACCAUAAUUGUAUAGCUCUGCAGCCCGACCUCCAUGAGCCCGAGUCAGCUGACCCAGGCCAGCUGCAGCCGUGUCAUGGGCCUUUUACUGCAGUGUAGACGGGGUGUGUUUAAACUGUUGUGAAAUAUGGUUUGCUUCAGUGUGGAUUGGUUUUUACCCCAAGGUGAGGGAGGAAAAGUUAAGGCCCCAGGUUCUUGUCUAGAUAUUUACCACGGUUAGAACUGAGUUCCUUGCCCUGAUUAUAACCGUGGGUUUUUUUCUGUGCCACCUGGGGACAAAAAUACCCGAGUCAAGAUUUUCAAAAGUCACUUUGGGUGCCUCAAUUUUUAGGUGACCAGCUUCAGACUCCUUUUAAAGGGGCCUGAUUUCCGGAGGGCAGGUUUUGAGCACUUCCAAGCCCCUUUAAGCUGUCUCAAGUUGGAGCCCCCCCAAAAUCACCCUGUUUUCAACACACACGGGCCCAAAUCAGGCUUCCCAGCAGUGUUUUGAAACUUGGUUAUGUUUGUUGACAGGGCAUGCAGGAGUGUAGAUGGGUGCAGUUUAGGGCAUCGUCUGUUGGCACACCUGAACAAUCAGACCAUACUUUCUCCCAAUUUAAAGCCGAACGGGGGUACUUAAUUUCUGCUUCCGCUUGCACACGGCUCAGAAGGGAAAAUGCUAUGGAGGGGGAUGAGGCAAACCUGGCGCUUGCUCAAUGGCUGAGUGAGCUGGGGUUGAGCAGGUCUCCUGCAUCUUCUGAUCCACUGUUGUGUCUCUGACUCAAUGGAUACACGGCCGGGAAACUAGAACUCGCAGAGGUGUGAACUGCCUUGCCCAUCCAUGGACCGUUAACUCUGAAAUGAUGACUCAUUCAGUGUCAGCAUCUGUGAACAAUGUCAGUGCUGGUUACUUGAGCUGAAGGAACAUCCAGCCACAAUGGGGUUGUGGGUGCAGGCUGAGCAAAGCCCUCACUACUCCCAUCCUACCCCGUCCCACCAUGGAAAUUGGGUGAGGGCUGGAGCUUUGGGGAUCACACUUUUCACAUGUCAUGGUCCAAAUGUGAGUUGCAUGCGAUGGGACAAUGGCUUGAACAGGGGCAGAUCUCCUUGGGCCCAGAUCCUCCCGGGCAUUUAGGAUCAAUGGGAGUUAGGCGCCUAAACACCUGUGAGGAUCUGGGCCUUUCUCCAACUUUCACUUGGUAAGACAGUGCUCUCUAGUGGUUAGAGCAGAAACACAGGGUUCAGGACUCCUGGGUUCUAUUCCCAGCUGUGCCGCAGAUGUGCGGUGUGACCUUGGGCAAGUCAUUUUUUUCUCUGUGCCUCAGUUUCCCCCAUCUGUCAAAUGGGGAUAAUAAUACUUAACCUACCUCACAGGGGUGUUGUGAGGCUUCCUUUGAUGUUUGCAAAGUGCUUUGAGAUCCUCGGAUGAAAGGUGCUAUGAAGUGCAAAGUAUUAUUAUUAUUUUAUUUUAAAAUAUUAAAUAACUUAUAACGAAGUGCGCGCGUGCCGUGGGCUUGUGUGGGCUGCAGGCGAUGUGAAGGCUGCAAUGAUGGAUGCUUAGUGCAAGUGGCGUGCGAUGCCAUUCAAAACCCUCGCCUUUCCAGCUGUGCAUCAUGCCGGCUUCCUGGGUCUGGUGCUUCCCAGACAGCUGAGACGCUGCAAUGGGACUCCCACCCCCAGCAGCUCAGACCUGCUUCCCCAGACCUGCCCCACUAGCUGCUUCUGGCAUCAUCUGCCCUGAGAGAAGCACCUCACUGAGCUUGCCUUCAGCUGGGGGGUGCUUAUUGUAAAUCUGGCCCCUCGCUGUUCUCUGUCAAGGACCCUUUUGCCCUAGUUGUUGGCAUCUGGGGAGGGGGGGUAUGUAAAUCAGCUCCCCAAAUUCUUGGGUUUUGCUCUUAUUUUUGGAUCAAACCGAAACCGCUCUUCCCCCACCUCCAAUUGGGUUGUGUUCCCAGCCCCGCCGGGAGAUCCUCUUGGCCCUACUGGUGUGGCAUUUAAUGUGUGAUGUUACUAACUGACGAUCAGAGAGUUAAUGGCACCAGUGGAACAUGCUGGGAACGGAGAUUUGGCUGGCUCUGUGUUGUUGCAACUCCGGUUGAGUUUUCUGUUCAUGGCUAGUUCUUCCCCUGCUCGCUGUGGAUUUGUUUUAGCUGAUCUCGAUCUCUGCGUCCUUUCUGCUGCUGCUCCUUAUCUUUCCCUGGGUCCAUUAUUUUAGUGAUGUGUCAUACGGACGCAAUCCCACCCUGCAAACGGUAAGUUCAGUAGUGGCUCCGAGCCAGAUCCUAGCCCUACAGAAAGACUGAUUGGAAAAGCAAAAGCCUGCAAUAGGUUCGCAUGGCCAAGCAAUCGCUCCUUCCCCUGCCCCCAACCCCCUUUUAGGGCCUUGCUCUCCUACAGCCCAGAGAAGAUGAAGUGGUUUGGAUGGGACGAUUGUUGUGACCCUGUGUAUUGAGUGAUCUUAUCCAGUUUGAUUGUUGUACUGUUGUUGGUUUUUUUAUUAAUAAAAUGGUAUUUUAAACUUG